AUGGGUGUUUGCUUUUCUUGUUGCUUUGGUAGGAAAGGGCAAAGAAACGGGCUUUAUGAACCAUUACUACAAGAAAAUGAACGGGAUGCGGUCGCCGAUUUAUUAACAUACCUUGAAAACCGAACCGAAACAAAUUUCUUUGAGGGAGAUCCAUUGCGUGCACUAUCAACACUGGCAUUUUCAUCUAAUGUAGAUUUACAACGCUCAGCGGCUUUAGCUUUUGCAGAGAUAACGGAAAAAGAUGUGCGAGAAGUUGACCGAGAAACGAUGGAACCCAUCAUGUAUCUACUUCAGUCACAUGAUGUGGAAGUGCAAAGAGCUGCCUCGGCCGCACUUGGAAAUUUGGCUGUAGAUACCUAUAAUAAAUUGCUGAUUGUCCAAAUGGGUGGGCUAGAGCCGUUGAUACGUCAAAUGUUGUCACCUAAUGUUGAAGUUCAAUGUAAUGCUGUUGGCUGUAUAACCAAUUUGGCAACAGCUGAUGAAAACAAGUCAAAAAUAGCAAAAUCAGGUGCAUUAGUUCCUUUAACGCGUCUCGCCCGUUCCAAAGAUAUGCGCGUUCAAAGAAAUGCGACGGGUGCAUUGCUAAAUAUGACACACUCUGAUGAAAAUAGACAACAGCUAGUUAAUGCUGGUGCAAUACCAGUGCUGGUCAACCUUUUGAACUCAUCCGACACAGAUGUGCAGUAUUAUUGUACAACAGCGCUAAGCAAUAUUGCUGUUGAUGCUGUCAAUCGAAAAAAACUCGCUCAAACCGAGACACGACUAGUACAAUCUUUAAUCGGGUUAAUGGAUUCCACUUCAUUGAAAGUGCAGUGCCAAGCAGCCCUAGCGCUGCGAAAUUUGGCCUCAGAUGAGAAAUACCAACUUGAAAUUGUCCGUUCUCGUGGAUUACCGCCACUUUUACGUCUUUUAAAUUCAACAUUUCUUCCUUUAAUACUUUCAUCUGUUGCUUGUAUACGAAACAUUUCCAUUCAUCCACUUAAUGAAUCACCAAUAAUUGAUGCUGGAUUCUUGCAACCUUUGAUAAAUCUUUUAGCAUAUGAAGAGAACGAAGAAAUUCAAUGUCAUGCAAUAAGCACCUUAAGAAAUUUGGCUGCUAGCUCUGAAAGGAAUAAACGAGCAAUUGUGGAUGCUGGGGCAGUCGAGAGGGUUCGGGAAUUAGUUCUAAAUGUCCCUUUGAGUGUGCAAAGCGAAAUGACAGCUUGUGUAGCAGUAUUGGCGUUGAGUGAUGAGUUAAAACCUCGUCUGCUAAAACUUGGGAUAUGUCAGGUUUUGCUCCCAUUAACGAAUUCCCAAAGUGUAGAAGUACAAGGAAAUAGUGCUGCUGCAUUAGGGAAUUUGUCAUCAAAAAUUCAAGAUUAUACUCCAUUUGUAAUGGUUUGGGAUCAACCAGCUGGAGGGCUUCAUGGAUAUUUACAACGUUUCCUUGAAAGUACAGACAAAACAUUUCAACAUAUAGCAGUUUGGACGAUUGUUCAAUUCCUGGAGGGUGACGACCCACAAUUAUUAGCCCGAAUUUCCUCGUCAAAAACGAUCGUCAACGUAAUAUCACGUCUUAAUGUUUACUCGAUUCAACCUGAUGGUGAUGAACCACUUUCCGGUGACGAGGAUGAUUCAGAUGAAGGCGAAAUUGUAGCGUUGGCACGUAAGACCAUGGCCUUAUUAGAGGAAAAACAUCACUUGUUCAAAGCCAUUGCCUCAGUGGAUGAAUCUAAAGAAAUGAGUGCAAAUACCUUAGUAAACGAACCUAACGAAAUGAGUGCACUUGCCAUAGUGAAAAGAGGAGGUUCAAACUGA